AUGGCAGUAGAAUUGUCCGAGAGCGAGGCGAGAGUCGAAGAGGGCAGACGCAGCUCACCAAUGGAUGAAGGCUCUAGUGAGACCUCGAGGAAAGACUCGAUCGAGAAGGGAACCGACGUCGAGAAACAACCUCCUGCUGCUGACCCGAAUGUUGUCGACUGGGACGGUCCUGACGACCCAGAGAACCCGCGGAGCUGGCCCAAGUCACGCAAGAUGCUCAACAUCUCGUUGAUCAGUCUUUCGGUGCUCUACACGAACAUCGCCACGACCAUGUUUGCCCCCGGUGCGUCUACUCUGGCCGCUGAUUUUGGCGUGACAAACACCAUAGUCGAGACCCUGACGGUGACAAUCCCUUCUCUGGGCACCUCGACGGGGCCGUUGGUGUUUGCUCCGCUGUCCGAGGUGACUGGGCGUGUGCCCAUCUACUGGGCCACCAGUAUCCUGUAUAUCGGCUUCACCAUCGGAUGCGCCCGCAGCACCAAUGUCGCCAUGUUCCUGGCCUUCCGCUUCCUCUGCGGCGCCUGCUCAGCCUCCUUCAUGACCUGCGGCGGCGGUACCAUCGCCGACCUGCUGCCAAAGGAGGAGCGUGGUGCCGCAACUGCCCUUUUUUCUGCUGGUCCGUUGCUGGGACCGGUUAUUGGUCCUAUCAUCGGUGGCUUCGUGACACAGUCGUUGGGUUGGCGGUGGACUUUCUACUUGGUCCUCAUUUUGGCUUGCGUCGUUACUGCAGUUGUGAUGGUCACCAUGCGUGAGACCAACAAUAACAUAGCUCUAGCCAAGAAAGUCGCCCGUCUGCGCAAGGAAACAGGGAAUCAGAAUCUGCGCCCCGCGCGUGCGAGGCAGAUCCCGGCACGGCAGCUGAUGACCAGGGCGUUGACCCGGCCGCUGCGGAUUCUGGUCUGCUCGCCCAUCGUCCUACCUCUCGGGCUGUACAUGGCGAUCGUCUUCGGUAUGACCUAUCUCCUCUUCGCGACGUUCCCGUCCGUGUUCGAGGAUAUGUAUGGCUGGAGCGUCGGCGUGUCAGGGUUGGCUUAUCUGGGGAUCGGGAUAGGCUGUACCGUUGGCCUGGCGCUGAGUGCCGUCCUGAGCGACAGGAUGCUGCGCCCGAACGGUGGGCCGGAGCGUCGACUCCUGCUGAUGAUCUACAUCGGUCCCUGCGUGCCGCUCGGCAUCUUCUGGUACGGCUGGUCGGCCCAUGCCGCGACGCAGUGGAUCGUCCCCAUCAUCGGCACUGCCUUUAUUGGCCUGGGCACCAUGGUCAUCACCUCCUCCGCCCAGCUGUACAUGAUGGACAUGUUUGGCCCGCAGGCUGCCGCGUCGGCGCUGGCGGCCACCACGCUGGUGCGCAACCCGGCAGGCUCCUUCCUGGCCCUGGCGGCGGACCCGUUGUACGACCGUUUCGGUCUGGGAUGGGGGAACAGUGUCCUGGCUUUUGUCACCGUCGCCUUCCUACCUGUGCCGAUCCUCUUCUACCGGUAUGGAGGCUGGCUGCGGGACAAGUUUCCUUUACAUGACUGA